AUGCGGCGGCUGGCGGAGGUGGAGGUGGCGACGCGCGUGCACGUGCGGCUGGUGGGGUUCGACGGCGACCACGACGACAACAGCAACCUCCGCGUCUCCCCGGAGGAGAUGACCAAGUUCCUCAACACGCUCAAGCCAGACACCGUCUUCCGAGCCAUUCACGGCGAGUCACACGCGCUGGCAGUGCGGCAGCGCGUGGCAUUCUCGGUGUCGCGCGCCCCCAGGCGCCUGGCCUCCGCCAUCUCCGCUGACAUCUUCCGCUUCGUUGGCCGGGUGAGUGGGGUUCUCGUUGCGAGUGGCGCUCUCACACACAUACCCCACUCGCGCGCCCAGGUUCUCGUACUCACAUGCACCCGCACUCACACUCUCACGUCACAUGCGCCCAGGCGCCUGGCCUCUGCCAUCUCGGCUGGCAAAUUCCGCUUUGCUGGGCGCAUGAGGCUCUCUCUGUCACACGCUCUCACACUCACAUGUACUCACACGCACAAGCACUAA